GCUCUCUUUCCUCUACUCCAGAUGCCCUUCUAGAGCGUUCGUCAAUUCAUCCCAACAACAUGCUGAGUGGCCUAGCCAGUUAUUUCAAGGAACGCAGGUCAGGUCUGCAGAGAACGGCAGGCUAUGUAGGCGGGGCGUACUUGCUGGGGCAGUAUGCCCUGGGACGGUUGGAGGACGUACGAACAACAGUCAUGCAAGACCGAUCCGCACGAGACAAUCUACGCCGGAGGUUCGAGCAGAACCAGCAGGACAUCUCUUUUACUGUCAUGGCCCUCCUCCCAACACUUGGCAGACAUAUCUUAGAGGGUAUGGAUGUUGAGGGAGUCACCUGCGAACUCCAAUCGUACUCCAAGUCUGCCAAGUCAUCAUCCGAAUCGCCGUCCGCCGUGCCAGCGUCGGAGUCCAGUCUCACAAGCAGUAUGGAACUGGUUUCCAAACCGCACCAUCCAGACCACUCCGAGAACAGCUCCUUCUCAAUGCUGCAGUCGGUCGAGGAGAACGGAGUGGCGACGCCGACGGACCUGUCCGCAUCGUCCGCCAGCUGGGUCGACCAGUUCUCGUCCAUGCAGUCAUCUCAGGUCGCCAAUGGUUCCGCGCCGGAGGUGCCACCAAACGGUACCAAUUUACAAAUGCCUCGAUUGGGUGCCGAUCUGGGUCUGUCGGACUCCGUUCUCUCAACAUCGACGAGUUCAUCGUCAAGCGUAGCACCCGAAGCUUCUCCACCAGAGAACGGCUCUGCACAUACCACUGAUACCCCGCCGAAGAGCAAGGCAGAGCUGUGGAAAGAAGUCAAGAUACUAACAUUUACACGGACAUUAACCAUCAUUUACUCUAUGACCCUGCUGACGCUCUUCACGCAUAUGCAGCUUAGUAUACUGGGUCGUUCCAAGUAUAUACACUCCAUCAUCCAGGCGGAACAGGAAGAACGUCUGCGAGAGCAGAUGAUGGAUGCCUCUCUUUUCUCUCUGCUAUGGAACGGCGAUGUUUCCGAAGAAGCAGAGACGCAGAGUGCCGAAGUCAUUAGCGAGGAGACGGAGAGGAAGUAUCUCACCCUCAGCUGGUGGAUAUUGCACGUAGGAUGGAAAGAUGUGGGCGAGAGGGUGAGGCGUGGCGUCGAAGAGGUCUUUGAAGGCGUCUCCUUGAAGACCAAGUUCACCAUCAAUGAUAUGUUUCGCCUAGUCAGCGACGUGCGCCGUCGAGUCGAGUAUGAGGUCACAUUCGAAGGUCACGAGCGACGAAUAAACUUCAUGUCGACUCUUCUCCCUCCCACGUCUGAAACACUCCACCAUGUCUUAACUCAAGGCGGCAUUCCCGCCGACAUCGUUGGUGCAUUAGACCCGAAGUUCGAAUCUCUGCUAUCCGAGGCGCGAUCACAUAUCAUGUCAGCUUCAUUCCAGCAUGUCUUGGAAGCCUGCCUCGAUCAAGCGACCGAAACGCUAUUUUCUGGGUUGCGGAAGCAUGUGUUCAGUGGCACCUCUGGGCCGUUGAAUUUUGAAGACAAUGAUGAAGAGGUGCGCGAGAGGCUGGCGGCGAUGCUACCUGGUCUUGCUCGGUGGUGUCAUUUGGCCCUAGAAGGACUGCCGAAUGAGAUGGUUGACAAUCUAUCGAGUCUUCGGGAAACCGCAGCAUUCUCUGCUAUUAUCUACUCUAGUUAUGAGGAUCGCUUCUCAUAAUGACCAUGGUUCAAUUGCAGUAAUCUCACUCACACUGAAUAAUAACUUCACGACAGUGGAACGCAGGUGCAUAAUCGUUGACUUUCUCAGCCGUACUCCAGGACACUGCCCCUCGUGUCUCUUUCUCUCUCAAAUGAACCUUGAUCAGCUUCUCGACAUCUA